AUGCCUGCGGUGCAGGAGAUCAGCCUCGAGUAUGGCCCUGACGAUCUCUGGAAGGAGAUCGUGGUGGAGGAAGGCCUCGCAGGAGCUUCCCUGAUCUCGCCAGCGACUCAUUUUGCCUCCUCUUACUUGUAUGAGCUGCUGCGCUUCAACGCGAACAAUCGUCACUACCAGGCCCCGGCCCUCUUGGUCUCCACUUUCUCAGAGAGCCGCCCCCUGGCCUUCAACCUUCUGGUUGCGCAGUACUCCUGCACGGGCAUCACCCAGGUGGCAGACGUGCUCCCACGACGAAGUCCCGACCCGGCCUUCCACCAACUUCUGGAAGGCUUCGAUCAGUUCCGCCCCUGCGGGCUCGUGUCGAUGUCCGUGUUUACAGACCAGUUCAGGCUGGAGGAUUCUCAGGGACUCGCCAUGCAAGUGGACGAGACAGAGCUCUGCCUGCCAGCCGACGGGGACCCCGACCCCGAUCUCUACUCCUGGAUUAGCAUGGACGCCAACAGCGGCCGAUUCCAGGUGGAGGGCAUCACCAGCUGGAUCCCAGACGGGACGUUCCUCGAACACCUCAAAGUCUGGUACCGGACUCCGGUCUCGGCCCUGGACGGGUGGGGCAUCGAGAAGCGUGUGGUCUUCUCGCAGCUCUCGGGCUUCGGGAUGGGCAGUCCCGGAGCCUGCUUCACGCUGGCAGUGCUCUGCUGUGCCGUGGCUUCCGCCGGGGGCGUGGACCUACUGGUGGCCUUGGCUUUGCUUUUGGCCGGGGAGGCCUUCAGCCGGAAGAG